AUGGCCGGCGCCUGGCCCUGGGCGCUGCUGUGGCUGGGCGCCGGCCUGGCCGCCGCCGCCGGGGCCGCGGGGAUCCGGGUGCCGCUGCGCGGCGGCGGCCAGGCCGCGGCGGCGGCGGCGGCGGGGCCGCGGGCGCGCCGGGCGGCGGCGGAGGGGGGCGGCCCGCGGGCCGGCAGCUUCGUGGACAUGGUGGACAACCUGCGCGGCAAGUCGGGGCAGGGCUACUACGUGGAGAUGGCGCUGGGCAGCCCCGCGCAGAAGCUGAAUAUCCUGGUGGACACGGGGAGCAGUAACUUUGCUGUGGGGGCUGCACCUCACCCCUUCCUCCGGAGGUACUACCAGCGGCAGCUGUCCAGCACCUACCGGGACCUGCGAAAGGGAGUGUACGUGCCCUACACCCAGGGCAAGUGGGAGGGGGAGCUGGGCACUGACCUCGUCACCAUCCCCCAUGGCCCCAACGUCACCGUCAGAGCCAACAUCGCUGCCAUCACGGAGUCGGACAAAUUCUUCAUCAACGGCUCCAACUGGGAAGGGAUCCUGGGGCUGGCCUACGCCGAGAUCGCCCGGCCUGACGACAGCCUGGAGCCCUUCUUUGACUCCCUCGUGAAGCAGACUCGGGUGCCCAACAUCUUCUCCCUCCAGCUUUGUGGGGCAGGCUUCUCGCUCAACGAGACCGACGCCCUGGCGUCAGUGGGAGGCAGCAUGAUCAUUGGUGGCAUCGACCACUCGCUGUACGUGGGUGACAUCUGGUACACGCCCAUCCGCAAGGAGUGGUACUACGAAGUCAUCAUCGUCAAGCUCGAGGUCAACGGGCAGGACCUGAACAUGGACUGCAAAGAGUACAACUACGACAAGAGCAUUGUGGACAGCGGGACCACCAACCUCAGGCUGCCGAAGAAAGUCUUUGAGGCUGCAGUGAAAUCCAUCAAAACGGCUUCCUCGACGGAGAAGUUCCCAGAUGGCUUCUGGCUGGGGGAGCAGCUGGUUUGCUGGCAGGUUGGCACCACUCCCUGGCACAUCUUCCCUGUCCUGUCCCUCUACCUGAUGGGAGAGGCCACCAACCAGUCCUUCCGGAUCACCAUCCUACCCCAGCAAUACCUGCGCCCGGUGGAGGACGUGGCCACCUCUCAGGAUGACUGCUACAAGUUCGCCAUCUCUCAGUCCUCCACAGGCACCGUCAUGGGUGCCGUUAUCAUGGAGGGCUUCUACGUGGUAUUUGACCGUGCCCGCAAGCGCAUUGGCUUUGCCGUCAGUGCCUGUCAUGUGCACGAUGAGUUUCGGAUGGCUGCAGUGGAGGGACCUUACCUGCACUCCAACAUGGAGGACUGUGGCUACAACAUCCCGCAGACGGACGAGUCCACCCUGAUGACCAUCGCCUACGUCAUGGCAGCCAUCUGCGCCCUGUUCAUGCUGCCGCUCUGCCUCAUGGUGUUUCAGUGGCGCUGCUUCCACUGCCUGCGGCGGGACCACGAUGACUUUGCAGACGACAUAUCCUUGCUGAAGUGACACCUGAGCACGGGGGCAGCCCCGGGGCCUGCAGGUGAGGCAGCGGCACAGGGAGAGGUGGGCCCUUUCUCUGGGGGGCUGGAGUAUGGAGGCAGGGCAGCAGUGUGCAGAGCCCUCCUGGCCCUGGGGGACUCGGUGCCCUUGGGGGUGGCAGGACAGGAGUGACCCACUGCCAGGAGCAGAGUGCCAGCCCUGAGGCUGGGCCCCAUAUCCCCAUCAUCUAGGGCAGCAUUUGGGCACCAGGACAGGGGGAACCACCAGCACCAUGGAGCAGACAGAUCUGAUCUGAGCAGCAGGCUGGGAUCCCCUCUGUGAGCUCCAGGGCUCUGCCCUCGUUCCGGACACCAGCCCUUGCUGACCCACAGCCUGCCACGAGCACAUGCAGCAUUUGCUCGCAGUCUGUGGGGCAGCAGCACAGGCAGGGGCAGCAGUGGGAGCCCUGGGCCUCAGCUGCUUUUGUCUGGGACCUACAGAAUCAGCUUGGCAGUUUGGGGGUGACACAGUGUCUGCUGCUGUUCCCUUGCAGUCCUGCGCAGCCCUGCCAAGCCUGACAGAGUCAAACGGAUAAGCCAUCCCACAUCUGUCCCCUUCCCCGUGCCCCCGCAUCCCUGUGUCUCUGCCCUUCUCUGCCACCCUGCAGGGCGGCUGCUGGCCCAGGCCAUCCAUGUAAGUGUGUGCGUGUCCGCUGUGGCCAUGCCUGUCCCCGUGCUGCUCCCCUCUCCAGGACAGUGUGUGAACUGGACUCUAGAGCGGGCAUCUCCAGGGCCUCUUGUCCCCAUCCCUGGGCUUCUGGGAGAGACGCAUGCAGUGCCAACCUGGAACUGCCCAGGCAUGCAAGAAGCCAGAGGCAAAGGCUUCCUUAGCAGAAGGAACGUGGCUCCACUCCCACCCUCCUGCUCCCCUGCCUUUUGCUGUCCGUAACGCGCUCCCCAGACUCUGCUCUCCCCACCAUGUCCCCUUGGGGACAGGGAACUGCCUCACCUCCCUUCUAGCACCAAGCGGUGUUUGCCAUGGAGAAGCCAGUGGCUGCUGCCCUCCAGCCCCAAGGAAAACAGCCUCCCUGCUCUGGGACGCGGGGUCUUUCCCCUGUGCUUCACGGUCCCACAGGCCUGGUGGGGAAUUAAGCAAGGAGCUUUCCCCCACGAGCAGAGCACAACCUGGUACAAGCAGAAACUGAGUGCCAGGCAAGAGUGAACUGCUGACCCCAGAGCCAGACCGUGCCCCAGCCCGCUUGCCUGUUCGAAAGCCAUAGGGGAGCCAGCGCCAGGCUCUGCUGGCCCCCGCCUGCAGCUGCUGUAUUGCCUCACCAGCCUCAGCGAGUGCCACGGCGCGGGGCGCAGCGGCUCCGCUCAGCUUCCUCCGCGACUCCUCGGAUCCUGGCGCCUGGCUGCAGAUAUGGCCGAGCCCUGGCUCCUGCUCUCAAGGCGUGUGAGGCUCCCUUUGCAGCUUGGGGGGGAACAGGCUGGGGCAGGAGGUGGCUGUGGGAACUGCAGCAUUCAUUAUUUUUUAAACAUAUGGUUGUAUUUAUUUUAUUUUUUUUUUACAAUAUGAAUCACUGGUAGUGCGGCUGUGCAGAAUCAGAGCGUGUAGAUAGCAGCCCCCAUACUGCACACAGGUGUACAAAUAAUGGAUGCUUCUCACCUGUACAAUACAUACAUACAUACAUCUGUAUUUUUAAUUCUAGCCCUGAAAGCCACUGUUCCAAACCCAAUGUGAAAGGGUUUCAGUGAGGGUUUGGUUCGGUGCGAUUUUUUUUUUUUUUUUAAUAUUUUAAGCCCUCUGCUUAGUCCUAGUGCCUUGGCCACGACCCAAGCACCAGACUAGCUAGCUCAGCAGUGGCACUUUAUGGAUCGUAGAUGAUCUGGAGUUUGUUUCAGUGGAUGUAUGUCUUGUAACUGGUUUAGUGACAAUGAUGGAGGUGUUCAGGAAGAGGGCACGGUUGGAUCACACAGAGCAGUAGUUCUCAAGCCAAAAGGACAUUGAGCAGGGAAGGCAGUUGUGCCCCCAUCUUGUUCAUACAGUGAAGAGGGGAUUUUCCAGUACAUAAGAACAGCCCUUCCCUGCUUUCCCCAAUCACAGCUCCCCAGGCCUGCUCACACUGUCCCAAUCCAGCAGAAGAAUGGCACUGACAAUCAUUUUCUCCCUUCCCCUGAGCAGACUCAUGAGCCUGCAGGCAGUUGAUAAUGCUCUAUAUCCCUACUUUUCCACCUAGAACUUGGACAUAGAAGUGCUGUCAGAUUUUGUUCUAAAUACUGAGAUUUACUAGUUAAAAAGGCAACAUUUCUCUGCAAGUGAGGGACAGAGCUACCAGUAGGGCCUGGGCCUGAGCAGAGGUGGCAGCUGGCCAGUGGAUAUAUGUACACAAGCUGAGCAACCAGUUCAGGAGGGGGCAGGUGCUAGGGACUAAAGAGAUAAAAAAAAGCUUGUUAAUGAAGUCCUUUAGUUAAAUAUUCCUUUGAGAAACUAACAGGGGAGCCAGGGAACAGUACUGUGUCAGAGAGCACAGGCAAGCCAAGCCAGCCAGAGCAUUGUGCCCACAGCAGCCCAUUACGUGCACCCCUGAGUUGUUCCACUUCACUACUACUGUGUUUGUAUAGUAUCCCAUUCCCUGUCCUUGUUCCACAACUGCAAUCAUUCAGCAACGCGACUCCAGUGCAAGGGAGCAAAGUUACGCACCUGCAGAGUGUGCACAGCCCUCCGCUCCUUCGUGCCUGCCCAGGGCCCUCCCCAGGAUCCCAGAGACUAUGCUGUGGACCACUGCCUUAAAACACGCCCAAGAGGCACGUGUACGUGCAGAAAGAUUCAGACUGCAGCUGAGUCCAGCCAUGCUGUGCACAGGCAGCACUCGCACUAACUAAUCCCAAGGCGUAAGUGCUUCUAGCAGUGCUGAGUUUGUGCCACACAGACUGCAAAAAGAGAAAAAGACCUACAGAGUAAGUACAAGAUUUUAAGUGGUGCUGAGCACCUCUUAAUCCCCAAAUCCAUGGAGAAGGGGCCAGUGUGUCAGCCCCUGUUUUAGGAGAAAGUACAGGAGGUGAAAAUUGGGAUCGCAAAAGUUUGGUUAUCCUGAGCUGCAGUGCAGCCAAAAUGUGUUCACUCCCAAGUACUCCCUGCCCAGGGCCCAGAGUUACAACAAGAAGCACCAGGUAAAAGCAUGAGCAGAACUUUGCCCAGUGGGAGAAGGGAUGGGGAUGGUUACCCCCAGCUGCUGCUGUAGACUCCAGUACUCUGUAACCUAAUGUCUAUGUAAGAACAAUGAAUGUUAACACGGUAAAUUAUUAUUAUAUUAAAAACCACAAAAAUUC